AUGGCUGCGACCUGCGAGUGCUACGCCCAGCACAUGCGAGACGACAUUGCAGAAAACCUCUACCACCUGCCCUAUGUCAUGCCCCGGCGAAUAGCUGUCAUUGGAGAUGAAGUCUACUUCACACUUCGGUCCGCUCACAAAAUCGUCAAGUACAACCUGCCAAACAACUGCCUAUCCAUGAUUAACCCGCCGCCACACACUAGGAGCCCAAUUGCUCUCAUGGUGAUGGAGGACAGUUCGCUGGGGUUUGCCUGCACUGAGAGUUCUACUCUUUAUCUGUGGUCAAGGAAGGUGAAUUCAGAAGCAGCUGCUGAAUGGGUAAAAUGCAGGAGCAUCGAGCUGGAGACAAUUGUGCCCGUCGUGGAUCCAGAUUACCAACCAUUUGUGGUUGGUUCCGCAGAGGGUGUGGGUGUCAUCUUCAUCAACACAGAUGCUGGCUUAUUCACUCUAGAGCUCAAGUCAGGGCGAGUCAGGAAGGUUGACGAGCCCGCACACUACUUUAGCGUCCUGCCCUACAUGAGGUUCUACACUCCAGAUCGUGGCAUAUUGUUGGCGCUAUCGAAGACCCACUGA